AUGGCUGAUUUGGGAUGUUUAUGGAGCGUGCAUGCUAGAUUGAAAAAUUCUAGUAAAGCUUUUGUUUUUAAACAAUUUGACGAUGUUCAUUCGUGUGGAUCUUCUUUUCGUAUAGUUAAAUAUGCCAGGAUAACUUCGAGUAUGAUUGGUGGGCUAAUUUCAAGUGAGGCUCAUAAUAAGCCUUUGACAUCGUAUGUUGAUGCCGCUAAUAAUGUUAAUCUGGGGAGUGUUUUUGACAUGAAAUUUGAUAUUGAUAGUAAAGGAAGACAUUUCAAAAGGUUGUUUUUCGCUUUUGAGGCCUGUAUUCAUGGUUUCAAGUAUUGUCAACCUAUGUUGAUGCUUGAUGGAACUUUCUUGAAAGGAAGACACAAAGGUUGUUUAUUGGAUGCUACGGCAAAAUACGGUUUAUAUCCAUUAUGUUUUGCUAUUGUUGAUAGUGAAAGUUACGAUAAUUGGCAUUGGUUCUUGUCAAAGUUAUUGGUUAUUUUGACUUUGGGAAGGGAUAUUGCAUUUGUGACCAAUCGGCAUGAAGGUUUGCUGAAAGCUUUAGCUGAGGUGUUUCUGUUUUCUUCUCAUUCUUUUUAUCUCAUGCAUUUGAAGGCAAACUUGAAGACUUAUUUGUGUAAAGCUUAUUUUCAAGGCAAGAGGUAUGGUGAAAUGUGCACAAACGCUGCAGAAUCUUUUAAUUCAUGGAUUAGGGAUGAGUGCCACUUGUUUUCAACUAGUCUUGUUGAUGUUGUACGGGUGAAACUAAUGGAGCAAUUUUCAAAUAGGAGAGAAGUUGUGAAUAAGUGGAAUCGUAUUGUUUGUCCUUUUGUAGAUAAAAAGUUAGAAGAAACUUUUAAUGAUACAAAAGCAUGGAUAGUUAAGAAAUGUAGCGAUGACAUUUAUGAAAUCCAAUUAGAUCAUUCAGUUAUGGUUGAUAUUGGGAAACGUUUUUGUUCUUGCGAUUGUGGGAAAUUGAUUCUUUUCUUUGCAAGCAUGGUUUUUAUGCUAUAA